CGGACAAAUCUCAACCCUGAAAUCCCAAUCUUCUCUCCCGUCUCUCUCUCUCACACCCUCUCUCUCUCUCUGCCUAGGGUUCCGGUCUGUCGCCAUGAUGCAGCAGCCUCCGCCGUCGCAGCCACAGCCCGGCAUGGGGGCGCCCAUGCCUCCGCAAGGCGCGGCCGGGCAGCCUCCUCAGUGGGGCACGAUCCCGCCGCCGAUGCCGCAUCAGUACGCGCAACCGCCGCCGCAGCAGCCGCAGGCGAUGUGGGGCCAGCCGCCGCCACAGGCGGCCUAUGGGCAACCGCCUGCUCCGCAGCAGUACUACGCUGCUCCUCAGGCGCCGUCCGCUCCCGCGGCGGCGGACGAGGUGAGGACGCUCUGGAUCGGAGAUCUCCAGUACUGGAUGGACGAGACUUACAUCCACGGCUGCUUCGCGUCCACCGGGGAGCUUCAAUCCGUGAAGCUUAUCCGUGACAAGCAAACUGGACAACUUCAGGGUUAUGGCUUUGUUGAGUUUACGAGCCAUGCAGCCGCUGAGCGAGUUCUUCAAGGGUACAAUGGACAUGCAAUGCCAAAUGUUGACCUAGCAUACAGACUGAAUUGGGCCAGUGCUGGUGAAAAGCGUGAUGAUACCCCAGAUUAUACAAUUUUUGUUGGGGAUUUGGCAGCAGAUGUUACAGAUUACAUAUUACAAGAGACAUUCAGGGUCCAUUACCCUUCAGUGAAGGGCGCAAAAGUUGUCACUGAUAAGAUGACAAUGCGUUCAAAGGGUUAUGGAUUUGUAAAAUUCGGUGAUCCUACAGAGCAAGCUCGUGCCAUGACAGAAAUGAAUGGGAUGCCUUGUUCUUCCAGACCUAUGCGCAUUGGUCCAGCAGCAAAUAGAAAAACAACAGGGGUUCAGGAGAGAGUACCAAAUACAAAUACUCAAGGAGCUCAGUCUGACAAUGAUCCUAACAAUACCACCAUAUUUGUUGGUGGCCUUGACCCCAAUGUCACUGAAGACGCCUUGAAACAAGUGUUUGCUCCUUAUGGAGAAGUUAUCCAUGUUAAGAUCCCUGUUGGGAAAAGAUGUGGUUUUGUUCAGUUUGUAAACAGGCCUUCUGCUGAGCAAGCUCUGCAAAUGCUGCAAGGGACCCCAAUUGGUGGGCAGAAUGUUAGGCUUUCAUGGGGACGUAGCCCUUCGAACAAGCAGGCUCAGCCUCAGCAGGAAUCCAGCCAGUGGGGUGCUAAUGCUGGUGCUGGUUACUAUGGUGGCUAUGGACAAGGUUAUGAUGCUUAUGGCGGGUAUGCACAACCUCAAGAUCCUAACAUGUAUGGUUAUGGAGCUUAUGCUGGUUAUCCCAAUUACCAACAACAAGCAGUAGCACAGCAGCCGCCACAACAACAGUGAGUCGAGGCACGUCAGAACCCAUUUGAAGGAACUGUCAAGCCAUGUUCGAGUACUUGUCAAUAGAGAGAGAGAGAGAGGGACGGUUUAUAGACUCCAGAUUUUGAUUGCCUCUGGCAAGGUCUAUUUAUGCACUGUAUUAUGAACAUCUGCUUACUGUCGCCCCAUUGUGAUUCUUCGGAUAUGCACUGGAAAUUAUGCUUUGUUUUACCGCCUCCUGCUCUACCGCUAUUUAUUAUCGUGAUCAACUGUUAAAUCAAAUAUUUUACCGGUUA